AUGGUAAAGAAAAUGAAGCCAGAACACAGUGAGCGGGAGUUUCUGAUGAUUUUCCCCGGAAGCACAAAAUCGCAGGCCCAUGCCCUGGCCUUGUCGGUCGUAGUGUGUAACAUAGUGUCUGAACCGAGACUAUGCCGAAUAUACGGUCUAGUGCACCCCAUAGACUCUGUACUUAAGCUGCUCUCAUUGACAGAGGCUGGCCGGCCAAAGCCAGAGCUAGGCUCAGCUCUAGACUUUGCGGAACUAUGUCACCUGAUGUUCCAAAGCAAGAGAAUGGCUUCGUUGACUAUUUUAUUUUCAUUGCUGGUAUUCAUACCGCAAGUGAUUAGCCGACGAGACGAGAUGAUGACGACGACGCCCGGCAACGAAUCGGCCUCUCUUCGGGUCGCAUCGGCUCUCACUUCGGGAAUGUGUGAUUAUGAUGUGACUGAGAAGAAGGCCUAUUGCAGAAACAAAGGUCUUGCCAGCGUACCGGGCGAUCUUCCCUCAGAUACACUGCGUCUUGAUCUGUCCCUGAAUUAUAUCCGCAAUCUUCAGAACGGCUCCUUUAUCCGAUACACUCUCCUGUUCUUCCUCGAUCUUUCUAGGAAUGACAUCACCACCAUUGAACCGGAAGCAUUCAAACCGCUUCAGAAAUUGGUAAUCCUUGACCUGAGCAACAAUCCGAGUCUAGCAUCAGGUGAUGCCUUUGAAUGGCUUCAACAACUGAAACUUCUCGUAUUAGAUGGUUGCAAUUUCACGUCUGUACCAGACGGGUCUCUGAGAUCGUCACCCAACUUGCGAAGCCUCGAUAUGGCAUACAACAGGCUGACAUCCAUUACAAUUACUUCUUGUAGCGAUCUAGUAGCGCCAGAUUUUAACUUUGGUUACAACGGAAUAACAAAACUAACCCCUGAGACAUUCGUCAUCUUGUGCCCUAUGGAUACCAUUGUCAUUACGGACCCGAUACAGUUCAUCGAUCCUGCAGCCAUCGCGCCGCUACAGGCUCAGAACCUGAUCGUGGGUGCCCUCCCAAUGGCCAUUGAGGUGUUGACUCAGCUGUUCCAUGGUGUGGCCAUCUCGGGCAUCAAGGGACUUUCAGCCAUCGGAAGCGGCUUGACAACCAUCCCACCUAAUUUCUUCAGUCCACUCUCCAAUGCCCCUCUGUCCUUCCUCGAUCUAUCUUUCAAUGAGAUAAAUCCCCUGAAUCACUCCAUGUUUUCAAAUUUGACCAACCUAUACAAGCUCAUUUUGAGUAGCAAUGAUAUUCGUGCAAUAGAACCAGAGUACUUCGCGGAAAGUCCUCUGUUGACUACAUUGACGCUGACUGACAACGACCUGACAACCUUUAACUACAGCACCUUCAAAGUGAUCAAGUCCACUCUUUCUGCUAUAGAGCUGGUAAAUAACCCCAUCGUGUGUUCGUGUGAAAUUGCGUGGCUGGUUGACUGGCUUAGUGGCCCUGUGCGUGUCAUCCAUGCUGAUCAGACAUACUGCUCUUCUGCUUCUCUAGAUCCUCUGAAGCAAAAGCCCUUGCUGACCUUCCAACCAGAGAAAUACUGCAGUCCCAACAUCAUGUUAAUCAGCCUGCUAGUUCUGGCUUGUAUUGGUGUCAUCGUACUUUUCUUAAUAUGCUAUCGUAAUCGAUGGGCGUUGAGAAAUAAACUAUUCCUCCUCAAGCUUGCUGUCUUGGGGUACGACGAAAUCGAGGAUGUCCGCGGUCAUAGUGAGUUCGCAUUUGACCUCAACGUCAUGUGCGACGAUGACGACGACGAAUGGCUGAGGGCGCACCUCAAACCUGCUCUGGAAGAGCGACUUCCCGACUUUGAUAGAAACGUCUUUGGCGAUGAGGACCUCAUCAUCGGUAUGCAUUAUCUCGAUGCCAUCCAUUACGUCGUCGAGAAGAGUUAUAAAACCAUCCUUUUAGUGAGUAGGAAUGCUGUUCGGAAUAACUGGUUCCUUGUCAAGUUCCGGACAGCUUUGGACCACGUCAACGACUACCAACUCGAGAACAUGGUGGUGAUCUUCUUAGAAGACAUCCCAGACGAGGAGUUACCGUUCCUGGUAAGACUAUUCCUCAGCGACCAUGGGACAUACCUCACUUGGACGGAAGACGCAGAAGAACAGGAAUAUUUCUGGACCAAGUUCGUCAAACUUUUGAAGGUUAAUCGGAAAACAAACCAUGUCAUUCCUCCCGAGUAG